AUUUCGAUUCUAAUAUACAACUUAAUAAUAAUAUGGUUGGCACACAGCAACAGACUACAAAAAAUAAUUGUCAAUUGUCGACAACGGACGCUAUUAGAGAUGCGAGCACCUUUACAGGUGACUUGAAGGCACCUGUCAUUGAUAUACAAAUCGGGAAGCCCGUCUCACCCGCAAUGCUGACAAUGACUAUGUCGCAAAGCCAGUCAGCCGCCGGUGGGGUAGGGGGAAAUUCCAGCGUGCAAAGAAAUCUGAGUAGUUUAUCACAUCACUCCUGUACGGCAGUUCCAUUCAAUUUCAAUAGUAGUUACGGAUCGGCAGUAAUAUUUCAGGAUCGUAAACAACAAGCAAAACAACAAGAGCAUCUAUGCAAUUAUAUUGCUGAUAGUUUGGGGCUUGAUGCUUGUGGAGUCCCCAAAUCUAUUCAAGCAAGUUCUCUGCCGAGCGCAGUUGUCACACCGAAAGUGGAAUCAUCGCCAAUAUCGCCACGAAAAGAUUUAUCUUUAAAUGCUGCCACUGUCGACUCACUAGCUUUGGUAUCACAGCAUCAGAAGUCUGUUGUACCUUCGACCAACGAACAUUUCACAUUUCAUGAACAAAUCACAAUGUCGGGUCAGCAGAAGAGCGCAAUGCAGGACAGGCCAAAAGCUUUGGUUGUAUCGCCGCAGCAAGUUAUGAUCCUAUAUAUGCAUAAACUGACGCCAUAUGAACGAACAGAAAUCUUAGCCUAUCCGCAGAUAUAUUUUAUUGGCGCCAACGCGAAAAAACGCCCGGGUAUUUAUGGACCAAACAAUUCAGAUUAUGACAAUGAACAGGGCGCUUAUAUACAUAUUCCUCACGACCACGUUGCCUAUCGCUAUGAAAUGUUAAAAAUAAUCGGCAAAGGUAGUUUUGGUCAAGUAAUUAAAGCCUACGAUCAUAAGACCCAUGAGCAUGUGGCAUUAAAAAUAGUGCGAAACGAGAAGCGUUUUCACCGGCAGGCUCAAGAAGAGAUUCGUAUAUUACAUCAUUUAAGACGCCACGACAAGUACAACACAAUGAAUAUUAUACAUAUGUAUGAUUAUUUUGCGUUCCGGAAUCACACAUGCAUCACAUUCGAGUUGCUGAGCAUUAAUCUUUAUGAAUUGAUUAAAAAAAACGGAUUUAAGGGUUUCAGUUUGCAAUUGGUGCGUAAAUUUGCUCACUCUCUACUCCAAUGCCUGGAUGCACUUUACAAGAAUGAGAUCAUUCAUUGUGAUAUGAAGCCGGAGAAUGUGCUCCUGAAGCAACAAGGUCGAUCUGGUAUUAAGGUUAUCGACUUUGGAUCAUCAUGCUUUGAAAGUCAACGUGUCUACACGUACAUACAGUCAAGAUUUUAUCGCGCGCCAGAAGUAAUUUUGGGCGCAAAAUAUGGUAGAGCGAUUGAUAUGUGGUCUCUUGGUUGCAUUCUUGCGGAGCUACUUUCGGGGCAUGCACUAUUCCCGGGAGAAAAUGAAAGUGAUCAGCUGGCCUGCAUUAUAGAAGUGCUUGGAAUGCCAAGCAAAACAUUAUUGGCAAAUGCAAAGCGAGCAAAGACAUUUUUUAGUCCAAAGGGGUAUCCACGUUACUGUACUGUCCGUACAAUGCCUGAUGGAAUGGUCGUUUUAGUUGGUGGUCAGUCACGACGUGGCAAACCUCGUGGUCCACCAUGCUCUAAGAGCUUGUCAAAGGCAUUAGACGGUUGCAAAGACCCGCUUUUUCUAAACUUUAUUCGUGGCUGUUUGGAAUGGGAUACAGAAAAGAGAUUAACACCUUCUGAAGCCCUUAAGCAUCCAUGGUUGCGUCGUCGUUUGCCCAGACCACCAAGCAGCACCAGCGGUGGGGCGGGAGAUGGGUCCAGCAGCGCUGGGGGCGGACACGUUGGAGGAACUGGUGGUGGAGGAAGUAUUAGUGGUGACCAAUCACCAGUGGCAGGCAUAAAAACGAGCUGUGGCAAUGAAACUGUGUCAACGGAAGGAUCAGCCGCUUCUGAAAGAGACAAUAGCAAUUGCAGUGGGCGAGCUAAUCAUGUUGGAAUUGGCAUUCCUGAUUUCAAAUAUGGCGGCAACCAUCUAUCCCUUUCAGCAUCAUCUCCAGUUUGUGAUACAGCGGUGCCUGUUGAUCUAUUGACCGAUAUUAUAAGCAAAACGAGCGUAAGAUGUUCAGAAUUACCUUCAGAUGACACAUUGGAUAGGCGUGGAUAUCCAUCUUCAUUAUCAAAUCAUAUAUCUGCCAAUAGAUCUGAAUGCUUAUCUACAAUCAAUUCGUUAAAAGGGGCUACCAAGUCCUUGACGCGCUUGUCAGAAGCAACAGGAAUCUCAACACCCAAUUCUUUAUAUGCAAGACAUACAACGCCCAUCCUAUCAGCUAAUUCGACACUUUCUACAAUUAGUUACGACAUGGAUUGCUAUAACGUAUAUGAUGCAAAAACAGUUGAUGGGCCAACCAAUUAUAGGCACUCAAAUGGCAAUUUACUCACACACGCACAAAUGUUCAAAGCACCAUCAAAGAAUAUUUAGCAAAAUAUGGAAUUCGGAAUUAUUGCCCCGCAUCUAUAGGGCGGUGUUUGUUUGUUGUUAGUCAAUAUAAAAUGAACAACACACUGCCAUUACAAGUGAUUUUUAACAAAAUCUGCUGUUUGAUUUUCAAUA